AUGAGCUUCGGCGUGAGUGUGGGAGACUUCGUUGCGGUCUUGUCGUUGGCCAAUAAACUACGAAAGGAUUUUGUCGGCGCCCCCAGUCAAUACAGAAGUAUUGCUAAAGAGUUUGUGCCUAGUGCGUACGUUAUCAUUCAUUUUAUUAAUACAUUGGCGAACAGGGUCAGAGGACUGUCAAUCGUCCUCCAAGAUGUCGAUGAUCAACUACCCCUCUCCGCAAGAGAAGGCGGCUCUCAAAACCCAGAAUUGGAUGAGAUUUCUCAUGGCUGUCACAUUCUUCUUAAAGAACUUGAAAAUGAGCUUGAUAAAUAUAGGGUGGUCCAAUAUUCCGGGGAUGAUAUACAAAAGAAAGCGAUCAGCGUGUGGAAAAGGGUUUCCUGGGAUUCCAAAGAGAUACGUGAGCUGCGAGAUCGAUUGGUCUCUAACAUGACAUUGCUCCAAUCAUUUCUGAGUGCUAUUUCGAGUAAAACAGCAUCAGCGACAAAGGAACUCUUGGAUGUGAUGAACCAUCGACAAGAAGACCAGGAGAAAUCUAAAAUUCUUGACUGGCUUAUUACUACCGAUUACAAUUGCCAACAAGACGAACACAUUGGGGUAAGGCAAGCGGGUACUGGGAAAUGGCUUCUUGAUUCGCAGGAAUAUGAACAUUGGACUCGAACGCGACAAUCAAGUGUACUUGCUUUAGGCAUACCAGGUGCUGGUAAGACCAUUUGUUCUGCUAUAGUUGUCGAUGAUUUGACAGAUCGGUUUGAACACGGCCGAGAAGUCGGCAUAGCAUACCUCUACUGCAACUUCAAACGACAAGAGGAACAGAAUGUUGAGCACUUGCUUGCUAGUCUUUUGAAACAGUUGAGCCAAAGAAUGCUCGAUUUACCUGAUGCUGUGAGAGACAUGUACGAUCGCUGGCAACGUUCAAAGAAACGUCCUCGAUUUGAUGAUCUUUCGAAGGCUCUACACGCCGUUGUUUCUUUAUACUCCCAAGUCUUCAUCGUAAUUGACGCCCUCGAUGAGUGCGGGUCAGCAAAUGGUUGCAGAGCAAGACUCCUUGCUGAGAUAAUGAAGCUUCAACGUGAGACUGGUGCGAAUGUCUUUGCAACAUCGAGACCCAUGAAGAUCGAUGAUUGUUUGAAAGGAGCAGCAUUGCUUGAAAUACGUGCGCGUGAGGACGAUAUUCGAAAAUACGUUCGUGGCAAUAUGUUCCGACUGUCGGGAUUUGUUACUGAGAAUGUAUCAUUGCAAGAAGAGAUUGAAAACACAAUAAGCCAACGGGUGCAAGGGAUGUUUCUGCUUGCAAAGUUUCACUUCGAAUCGUUAGUAGGCAGAAUGACAGUUAAAACCACUCGUACCCGCCUCAAAGAGCUGUCUGAAGGAACGGACGGGUAUGACAAGGCGUACGAUGAAGCUAUGCAGCGCAUCAAUGCACAGCUCCCAGAGCAGCAAGAGCUAGCUAUAAAAAGUCUGGCCUGGAUAACCUUUGCAAAGCGGUCUCUUACGGCGCUAGAGCUUCGGCACGCACUUGCUAUAGAGGACGGGAAAUCAGAUCUCGAUGAAGAGAAUAUCCCACGGAUAAAGGAUGUUCUUUCUGUGUGUGCGGGCCUUCUCAAUACUGAUGGUGGUAUUGUUCAUCUGGUUCAUUAUACAGCCCAGGAAUAUUUUGAGAGAACACACACACGUUGGUUUGCUGGGUUCUCAGAGACUCAUAUAAGCAAUCUCUGUGUGACCUACAUCUCGUUUGACAGUUUCGGAACAGGGCCAUCUAAAACCAAUCAGGCUUUUGGCAAGCGCAUUCGAAAAUAUCCUUUCUAUGUCUAUGUGGCACAUCAUUGGGGCAAUCAUGCGCGCGAAGCUCAAAAUUGCGGCCCAGAAGUGAUAAGGUUCCUAGAAGAUGGGGCAAAGCUUGAGGCAUCCGUUCAGACUCUACAAACCAGAAGAAUACCAGUCUAUUCCCGAAGAAGUAUCACCACUCUCGUGAGUGGGCUGUUUUCAAGAGGAACGACGGGGCUUCAUGUCGCAGCAUACUUUGAUUUCCACCAACUGGUUAAUUUACUUCUCCAACAUCACCACAUUCUGGAAACGCGCGACAGUAACAGUUGUACACCUUUAAUAUGGGCGUGCAAUUUCGCUAGAAGAGAUAGUAUGGCGACUAUCAACUUACUUCUUGCCAGUGGUGCAUAUAUCGAUGCAGUGAAUAAGUACUAUGAGACUCCCCUUUAUCUGACCGCCUCGGACGGAGACGAGGAGGCAGUGCAACUUCUUCUUGAUUUUGGCGCAGACAUCAAUGGCAACAAUGAGAACGAUCCACCCCUCGUGGUAGCGUCAGAGGAGGGACAUUUAGGUGUUGUCAACCUACUCCUCUCGAGAGGAGCAGAUCCAAACCGGACUGGGAUGGAAUUUCCCUUCGGGGAGACCCCCUUGGAGCGCGCAUCAUCGAACGGCCAUCUCCAAAUAGUUGAACUGCUCCUUAAAGAAGGUGCCGAUGUUACCGCACACGCCUUGAAAUCGGCCGUGUCGUACGGCUAUGAAGAUGUCUUCGAGAUUCUCCUUGCAAAAGCGACAAGCAUUCCUAGUCCGUCUGCAAUUUAUGAGGCAGCGCUUUGUGCGGCAUCAGAAAAGGGAAACCAUUCAAUAGUUCAGACGCUUCUGAACAAGAACACCGACGUCAACGCGCACUACCUUUGGGAAACACCACUUAUUGCUGCAUCGAAGGGAGGACAGAUUUCGAUGGUUCAGUUUUUACUGGUCCAUGGAGCUGAUGUCGAUGAAAACGAUGACAAUUAUAUAACUGCUCUUCAGGAAGCCUCGUGCACGGGGCAUCUGCAAAUAGUCAAAAUCUUGCUACAGCAUGGGGCCAAUAUUAAUCAAAAUGGUCGUCGUCAUGGAACUGCUCUUCAAGCAGCCUCGGGCCGGGGGUGUCUACAGAUAGUCGAGUUCCUGCUACAGCGUGGAGCGGAUCCCCUAAUUCGUGGUGGGCCAAAAAAAACGGCCCUCGAAGCUGCAAGGUGGAGCCGCUAUGAAAAUAUCGUGGAGCUGCUGAAAAAGCAUAUAGUGGAAAAGCGUCAACGGCAGGUACUAGAUUCAGUACGCCUGAACUCAGAGGUACCACAAAUGGACAGCAUUGACAGCAUUAAAUACAGCAAGCUUGGAAAUAUUGCAGCCAUUGCCGGAAAGCAGGUAGAAUAG